AGCAAAUCUUAUCGUAUGUCCGAUCUCCAGAACCUCAGAGAUUUUGACCCCUUUGCUGAUGCAACUAAGGGUGAUGACAAGCUCCCAGCCGGGACAGACGAUUACAUUCAUAUAAGAAUCCAGCAGCGGAACGGCAGGAAGACCCUCACCACUGUCCAGGGCAUUGCCGCUGACUAUGACAAGAAGAAGCUAGUCAAGGUCUUCAAGAAGAAAUUUGCUUGCAAUGGUACAGUGAUUGAGCAUCCAGAGUAUGGUGAAGUGAUCCAGCUCCAGGGGGACCAGCGUAAGAAUAUCUGCGCAUUUAUCUUUGAGGUCAACCUGGCCAAGGAGGAGCAGCUCAAAGUCCAUGGCUUUUAGGAACUAGCAGCCCCAUCCCCCUUCUCUCCUGGAAGGCCAUUAAACACCCCCUCCCCUUCCCUCCUCCUCUCCUAUGUGCUGCUGUUGCUCUUCCUGUCCCCCCACCUCCCUUGCAGCCCCAACAGCUCCUAUUAGCUAACACGUGAAUUACCUCUGACAAACAUGGGACUCUUUGACACCAUCAACCCUCUACAACACCAGGGGACAGGCUCGCUCUCACAAAGACACACCACUGCAGCUCCACACAACAUCAGGGAUGAGUGGUGA